AGCUAAUAUCAAUUUCCUCACAAAUUCACAAUCAUCCUAAUAUUUAGUUAAGGAAAGAACCAGUAUCAACCAUCAUCAAUGGCCCAUCAACAUACAAUUUCAGGUCUUGUGGGGAAACUUAUUACUGAAUCGGAGGUUAACUGCAAUGCCGACAAGUAUUACCAAAUAUUUAAGCACCAUGAAGACCUUCCAAGCGCAAUCCCUCAUAUUUACACUAGCGUCAAAGCUGUCGAGGGACAUGGAACUACUUCUGGAUGUGUCAAGGAGUGGUGCUAUAUUCUUGAGGGGAAACCACUUACAGUUAAGGAGAAAACAACGUACAAUGAUGAAACAAGAACGAUAAAUCAUAAUGGAAUAGAAGGAGGCAUGAUGACUGAUUACAAGAAGUUCGUUGCAACACUUGUAGUUAAGCCAAAAGCUAAUGGGCAAGGAAGCAUCGUGACAUGGAUAGUGGAUUAUGAGAAGAUUAAUGAGGAUUCUCCAGUUCCUUUCGACUAUCUAGCUUUCUUCCAACAAAACAUCGAAGACUUGAACUCUCACCUCUGCGCUUCUGAUUAAAUUAUCAAUGGGUAUGUCCAUAUGCAACGAUGAAGAUCAGUGUUCUCUGUAUGAUAAUAAAGUCUAUAUGUGGAGUUUCCACUAGACCUACUAUCUAUAUAAUAAAGGCGUGGGUACUUGAACGUAUGUGUGGUUUGUUUCAUUUCUUUCCACUGUCGAGUGUUAUUGUUCUACUUCCUGUAAUUUCUAGAAAUAAUCAUACAUGGCAUAAGAUCAUGGAUCAAGUAUGUGUGUAUUGUGUUGAUCAAAAUAAUUACAUCAUGUGUUAUCUAA